UAAUAAUACCAACAACAAUAACAACAAGAAUAAUAAUAAUAAUCGUUAUAUUAUACAUUCGCCCAGAAGCUGUAGGCAAUAAUUCGAGUUUCAACAGAUAUUGUAAUUACGAGGAGGGAGGAUUGGGGUUUCGGAAAAGCAACCGCAUAGAUGACCUUGAGGAAAAUUACGUACGACGGUGGCGUGCCCGGAAAAAUUCGGUCACGGAUCGGUGGUUGUUUGACGUUGAUAAUGCGAAACGCGGGAUUCCGCUUCGCCCGCAAAAGGUUGGGUAGCGUCGACCUGUUCAAGAAGGUCCUCAGGUGAGGCGGGGCGAAAGGCCAUCGCGGCUGUCGAGGGUCGCCUUUCUUUCGUACCUGCUCGUUCGGUUCCCGAUUCCCGGUUCCCUUGCCCAGCUUCGUUGUAAAUUUGGAAGAACGCAACGCGGCGAGAGAUCGGCGGUGCUUCCCCAGCCACUCGCGGUUGCCAUGGUUCGUCGCUCUUCGGUACCAUCGCGGUUCAUCGGCCCUCCGGAUGCCGACCUCCCGGCUUCGGGAUGCUGCACGCCGUCCUCUUAGGCAGCGGCCCCGGUCGACCUGGACCAGCCGACUACUCCCGGCAAGGCACCUUUAUCCUUGAAAGAGCGUCGACCCGCCUCAAAAUGAACCGCGGCGAACAGGAAACCCUGUUCCGGCAGAGCAGGCAGCUCACCAGGAUCGUUCCAUCACGCGAGGACCUCGUCCUUAGCGUUACGAAGGCCCCGAUCAACCAGCAACAGCAUCAGGAACAGCAGCACCGACAGCUGCAACAAAAUUCACCCCACCUUGGAUUUCAUCCGCAACUGCAACAACACCAGCAGCAAUCCUCCGGUCAAUAUCAUCACGCCAAUUGCCAGGCGGCUCAGGAGAAUUAUAAAAAAUGCGCGACGGCAGGUCACGGAUUCGCCAGCGAAAAUCUUCCCCGAAGUAAGGACCGCCAGCAGCAGCAACAGUCCUCGAGGUUGACGGAAAAGAGGUACAGCGCUGCCGCGGCUUACGCGGCCCUCCAGGGUAGCGAAGACGAGCUCGUCGCCGGCGGUGAAACGGAAGACGUCGCCCUUAAGACGCCGGGCAGCGAGACGGAGGACACGGACAACGGAGGCGGCGAGGAGGAGACGUCGAGGCGCUUCACCUUCCUGCGGAGGUUCCGCAGCCCCCGAUUCGGCGAGGCUCACCACAAGAGGGUGCCGACUCCGAUGAAGCGGAAACACAGGAGGAAGAAACUCGCCGACGACAUGAUCGACGACACCGUCGACGACGGAGUCGGCGAGGAGCCCGGCACCGAUCAGAGGGGCGUCCCCGACCCCUACUACCCCAUAUAUCUUCCCAUUGAUCAGGCCUUCAAGGCCAAGUACGUGUUUCAUCACAAGAAGGGGAAAACUUUUCAGGAACGGUUGUACGUCUUCCUCGAACAUCCGGGCGGAUGGAUUUGUUUUGUCUACCACUUCACAGUGUUCAUGGUCGUUUUAGUGUGCCUCAUCUUCAGCGUACUGUCAACGAUAGAACAGUACAUGACUUUCGCUAACGAAACAUUGUUCUGGAUGGAAAUAUGUCUGGUAGUAUUUUUCGGGGUCGAGUACAUCGUCAGGCUUUGGAGCGCGGGAUGCAGGUCCAAGUACAUGGGAUGCUGCGGCCGUUUCCGGUUCAUAAGGAAACCAAUUUGUAUAAUAGGUGAGUGCGAAUAUAAAACCUCUGAUACCGUUUUUUUUCCUUUUUCUUUUCUUUUCCCAGAUUUGAUAGUAGUCGUAGCAUCGAUGGUGGUGCUUUCGGUCGGAAGCAACGGUCAGGUUUUCGCCACGUCGGCCAUCAGAGGUAUUCGUUUCCUGCAAAUUCUACGGAUGCUUCACGUCGACCGACAGGGUGGAACGUGGCGUCUCCUCGGUUCCGUCGUCUUUAUACACCGACAGGAGUUGAUCACGACGCUCUACAUCGGGUUCCUAGGUCUCAUUUUCAGCAGCUACUUCGUGUACCUUGCCGAAAAAGACGUUGUCGGACCCGAUGGGAAAACAGACUUUUCUAGCUACGCUGACGCGCUUUGGUGGGGCGUGAUAACCGUCACGACGAUAGGAUACGGCGACACGGUUCCGCAGACAUGGAUGGGAAAGAUCGUCGCUUCGUGUUUCAGCGUAUUUGCGAUAUCCUUUUUCGCUCUACCCGCCGGAAUACUCGGCUCCGGAUUUGCCCUGAAGGUGCAGCAGAAGCAGAGGCAGAAACAUUUCAACCGUCAAAUACCGGCGGCAGCCAUGCUCAUUCAGUGCCUCUGGCGGUGCUACGCUGCUGACAAAGCCAUAAACAGCGUCGCGACUUGGAAUAUUUAUAUCAAGGAUCCUGCUCCGGCUGGGCAGCCGGCUACGCCCCUUGGAAAGUUGAUUUGUGUAAAGAAGAUGUCUCUUAUGAUCCAGGUGGCUAAAAAAGCAAGCGUCUUGAAACGGCGCAAGUCCCGGAACCGGAUGGAGGUCCAGCAGUCGGGCCAAACUCUACCACCGCCCCCCGUCACCGGCUCCUCAGCCACCGGGAACAACGACGUCCAGCGCCGCGACAGCGAGGGCGACGUCGUUUUUUACAUGGAGGAACCGAAGGCUGGAACGCCGAAUCGUGCGAGACGCGACAAUCGGGGCAGUCUUUUCACGUCGCAGACAAGCUCCGUGACGGAAGCAGCGAGCGAUGAAAUAGAUAUCGACAUCGAGGAGCCCCAACGCGUCACUACUAAUGGGGUUAAUUGCAGGUUGACGGAAGCCCAUCGUAACGCGAUACGGGCGAUACGGAAGAUAAAGUAUUUCGUUGCUCGGAGGAAGUUUCAGCAAGCGAGAAAACCGUACGACGUCCGUGACGUCAUCGAGCAGUACAGCCAGGGCCACUUGAACAUGAUGGUCCGGAUAAAGGAACUGCAGCGGCGGCUCGACCAGACGCUCGGUAAGCCGGGGAGUUACUUGGCGGGAAUCGACCGGGCGGGAAACGUGAAGCCGAUGACCAUCGGGGCCCGUCUCUACCGUGUGGAGCAGCAGCUGUCGGUGAUGGACAAAAAGAUGGACCAGCUGGUGUACGUGCUGAACGCAGUGGCGCACAAGCAGCAAAUCCCAUUGAGGAGCAUAGAGGACGACGUCUAACGGCGGGCCGCCUCGGCGUCGGGAUUCGCGGCGCCCGUACUCUCCGCGACGUCGUCCCUCUCGUCUUCGGCCGCGCUGAGCUUUAAAGCUCCCUCAACGCCGCCGGAAGCGCUCGUCUUGCCGAAGCUCACCAUCACCACCGUCACGCCGGAUAUGCUGAGCCAGGGCUUCUGACCGACCGACUCGUUGUUUCUGCAACCGCGCACCUCCGCCUGCUGCAACCUCUGAGAAAUAUCCGUUUCCUGGCUGCCUUUAUCCGGCGAGGAUUAUUUCAGGGGGACGAGGAAUCCGCCUGCCGGGAGAUAAAAAUCUCCCUGAUUUAUCAUACAAUUUAUUACUCUCGUAAUGAUCUUUUGCUUCUUUGCGAGCCUCGUUGGACCGACGGCGGCGGAAGUCGAGUUAAUUCUUUUUUUUUAUUUUAUAUUCUUCGCAUUACCGUAUACCUGUUUGAACGUUUUAAUGUUACAGGUCUGACUGUAUUAUUUUUGGCUGUGUGCUGAUGCGUGUUUUUCCUUUUUUUUUUUUUGUCGCAACUUUUCCGUCGCAAUCGAACGUUUCGAUAUGAACGAAUAAACGAGAACAAAAACGACAAUUACAGCAAGAAGGAAAAGAUGACGGAUAAAAAUAAAAAAAAAAAAAAAGAAACGUUUCUUUCACGUUGUAAAUAAGGUUUUACGCACACGAACAAUAUGAUAUACAUAUGCAUACGCAUAUAUAUAUAUAUGUGUGUGUAUGUUAUGUAUAACAUACACCGUAGCGAUUUCAUCGCGUAAUAUAUUAGCAUACAUGAUAAUAUGUAUAUUGUAUAUAUAUAUAUAAUAUACCGAUGCACAGAUUGACUUGCUGUAUGAAGAAGAAGCAGGUGGUUAUCGUUUGUCAUCGCGGAGGUAAAAGUUAUAGAACAGACUGUUUCAAGAAAAGAAAAAAAAAAAAAAAAACGAAGAGUACAGUUGAAACCGAGCUUGACGAGCUCGAUUUAAUGCAGCAGUAGACGUAAAACGAAUUAAAUGACCUAAAGAGUAAAUUAAUAAUAAAAUAAAUAGACCGACUACUUUAUUAUAAAAAUAAAGACAAAAAAAAUUAUACAUAGGUAUAUAUAUAUGAAGAAAUUCGUCUUAGUGACAGGCGAGGAGGCACCCUUCCAUUAUCUAAUAAUCACAUCACUGCGCGAGAAUUUAAUUCUAUUUUUUUUUCCUGCGACGUACGUGCGUAAGUGAGUUUCUGUACCACUAUACGUAUAUGUAUAUAUAAUUAUUAUACAUAUUAUAUAUAUAAUAUAUAUACAUAUUAUAUAUACAAACGGUCUAUAUUACAAUACUUGGAAACGAUACACUGGCCUGCAUAAAAUUCGUACACGUGUAGAUAGCAACGUACACAAUGAAAAACAAUUAAUUUAAGUAGUGUACAUUUCGAACAAACAGGUAGAUAAAUUUAAGCUGUGCAAAAGAAAAAAUUGAAGAUUCUUUAGAUGGUGUUGCACGCUGUUGCUUCGGUCUUUCGGAGAUAUUUUUCGUAAUAUUAAAUAUGAUAAUGAUAAUAACAGUAGUAACGAUAAUAAUGACACUGAUAAAGAUAAUAAUAAAUGUAACGGUAUAAUUAUUAAAUGAACGGGAAAGAGGAAGUAAGAAAACUUUAGUCGAGUAUAAAAUAAAAUAAGCUAAAAAUAAAUUCACUCGCGAAACCUCCGUUGGUUCUGCUGGUCGUGGAUCAAAAAUUCGUUCGCCGUAACGUUUCUGAUGGGAACAGGAAAUAAGUCGGAAGAUUUCUUUAUUAUUUUUCGCGAUACUUGUGAACUUGGGGAGAAAUGAGAGAAUGAAGUGGUCGUUACUUUUUAAUACCACGGUCGAGGACGGUAUUGUUCUUUGUAAUAAAAAUUUGAUACGUGAAAAAGGUGGAUGUGUUUUAAUCGGUUGAAACUCGAGGGUAUUUAAAAAAGAAAGGAAGAUACAACGUUUAAAUAAUGAGUAUAAAUAAAAUCUCGUUGAUACGUCUUGUAAAUUUGUGAAUAAGGCAUAGCGAUUAAUCAAUUCGAUUAUUAAAUACGGAAACUACGUAAAUAUUACGGAUAAAUAAAUGAUAUAGAUAAUAUUUCAUAACCUCGUUCUUUUCUUUUGAAUAUUUAAAUUCCAAAAUAGCGUGAUUAAAAUAAUUCUUCUUUACACUGAAAAAUCAUCUGCAGUCGCGAUAAAAUUUAUAUGUAUAAGUAUCGUAAAAUCGCGAGGAAGCUGUUGAGGGUAUUUUUAGUCAUACAGCUUAACGAUAGAAAAUUAUAGCCUGUAUAAAUACUGUUAGGGUCCAAAAAAUAUACCUGUAUUCAAACAAUUUUCAUUGUUAUAGAGCCUUACUAUUUCGUGGAUCGAAAGCUGGAGGUAGGUACUUUGGAAAAUUCCGAUUCGGCGCGGCGUUUGAUUCGACAGAGUUGCGGGCGGGGUGCCGGUAACGACGAAAAUAAUAAUUCAACGUCACGCACGACGUGAGAUAAGAGGGGAAAAGAGGGAAAUGAUACAAUGCGUGGAUAAUAUCUCGGUGAAAAUUCAUGCACUUCGACAAUUUGCAAAAAUUACUCUUCGUUCCAUUGGCUGCAGUGAAAAAUACGAUACACAGAGCGGUGGAAGUGAUGAAAUGUUUCGACGAGUUUGUCUCCGCGUAGUAAUUAACGGGACGCGCGGCGACGCAGGAUAAUAAUAAGAUUAAUAAGAAGAAGAAAAUUGAGUCGAUAGUUGAAUAGCCGACGACGUACGCGGUGUUAGGUAUUACGCGAGUGAAAGUGCGAACGUGUGCCAUUACCAAUUUGAAAAUUCAACCGUAACGAGGCUCGAAGAGACAGCGCGCGAUGCUGUAGGUGACUAGUUAGAGCACUCACCGCCUAUUUAUUGCCGAUGUAUAAUAAAUAAAACCGCCUUUACGGAGACUAGCUGCACUGCUCUUGCGCUAAUCGCACUCUGAGGAGAAAUCAUAAUUGGACCGUAACCCGGUAUGCGCCUGAGUGCCGAACCAUUUCUCACAGACAGUGCACAAUAACGUGCUUUGCGACCAACCUUGUCGACCUAUUUUUAUUCAAUUUUUCAAUUUUUCAUUCGAAUUUUUCCGAAUUGUAUCACGCGCUCCAACAAUCGUCAAAUUACGACUAUACGGCGGAUCGAUCGUGAAAUGGAAAGAGAGAGGCGUCGUAAAUUAAUUUGGGUACGGAGAAAGAGGAGAGAAAAAAUGUCGGAUUGAUAGACGGGCGUGUGUAACCGGUCGUGUCGAAUCAAACGCUGCGAGUACUCAAAUCGACUCUGGCAUGGCGUUACGCCGAAUACACGCAUGUAAUAAAUAUUAAUUACGGUGAUUUAGGGGGGCGUUCUAAAGCUUUGUACGCGCACGUCGACGUUGGAAGACGAACAGGAACAAUGAAAAAGAUGGAUAAAUUUCGGUGCUAUGAGAAUCGCAUAAAUUGUUGGAAAUGUAUCGUCUGGCGACAAUGAUUGUGCGCCGCGUUUGAAACUUUGGAAACACGUCGAGCAUCACGACGAAUGAUUACAAGAAGUAUUUACGAAGGGCUGGAGUAGGUCGCUAAAUUCGCAAGAGAACAAUUUCAAGCUCGUAUCGAUCUGUUGUCAUUUUGCCAGUCUAGGCAUUCGACGGACCUGAGGAUUAAUCCUCCGUUGUAAACAAAGUUCGAAGACGACAGUUUCAUUCUCAGUCGAUACUCCGACUGUGAUACGAGAAUCACGCGUCGAAAUUUUCUUACAAUCAACGCGAAACGAGGAGUAAAGGUUUUGACUAAGCAUUUUUUUCUUCUCUCAAAUACCGAGGCGAUUUUCUCCGAGGUUUAAUUGAAAAAUGUGCUGCGGACAAUCAGAUCAAUUAACAAUGAUACCGAUGAUUUGCAACGGGUAAAACGAAUUGGUGAAAUGUCGUGAAAUGUGAAGAAUGUCGAUUGAUCAUAUUUAUGCCUUGAAAUUGCGUUUUACGGGAAUAUUCGCGAUAAGAAUAACGGAGCAAUAUACGAGUAUAUUUUACGCGGAAUAAUUUAAGAACACUCGUAUGUAGGUAUGUCUAAUCUCGAAAUCAAUCGCGCGUCGUGUCGAGUCGUUUAAAAGCAAAAAGUUCGCGUGUCGUGCCGAAUUUCACAACUUCUCAACGAAUGGUGAGUCACUUUUUACAUUCCCUUUGUAAAAAUAUUUUACCUAGGAUAUUUACUGUAAAAUGCGCGUUAAAUACUUUGGUGCCUCUCACUCGUUCUCAAAUUAUCUUACUAUAUAUAUAUAUUAUUUAUAAAAUACGUGGAAUUCGAAGCUGGAUGAUGAAAGAAGGGAAAUAAAAAAAGGGCGGCGGGGGGGGGGGGGGGUCCGUGAAUUUCGUAAGUCGAUAUGAUCGACUCUGUACAUAAAUCCGUAUGUUUAAUUAAGAGUCUUUUCUCUAAUUAAAAAUGCUUGAUUAUUUUCAAGUUUGACGAAGAUAUUAUUGGAACGAAAUUCGAGAGACGCUGUUUCGCAGAGCGUGUUGCCUCUCAAUUUUUGUCGUUAAUUCCUUUUAAGCCCACCGACGUUCGAAAGUUUGCUUCUUCCACCAAAUUGACACCCUAAUUGCGUCUUGUCAUCCGCAAUGCCAGCCUCGGAAUCACCAAUUAGGAAACCAGUGUCCACAUUUACUCCUACGCGUGCUCACUGCGUACAUACAUACACGACGUACAUUGUCCAUAGUUUUGUAGCCAAGGUCGGAAAGGGAAACGUUCGUAACGCGUGUAAUUUUUUUCCUCCAUUUAUUUUUUAUCUCCUUGUUUAUUCACUAAUUAACGGAGAAACGCUUUGUUGGAUAAUUUAUACACACAUACGGUACCUACAAAGUAUCCUAUACCGCGGUUAGAGUUAAAGUUGAGGUCGUAAAGUAAAAAAAUACUGCCACGUUGUGCGCGAUGUUGAAUUAUGUUGUUGACUUUAUUUAUGUUAAAACGAAGGUCAGAUAUAUAAUAUACGAUCGUCUCUGAUACAGAUAUCAAAGUUGUGGAACGACAUUCGACUGAAAUAUGUAUUGUUAGAUAAAUUACACCGCUCGCAAAAAUAUAAUAUUAAUCGCUUGUCAAAUUAUUAUUAUUAUUAUUAUUAUUAUUAUUAUUAUUAUUAUUAUUAUUAUCAUAAUUAUACACAAUUGUUGAACACACCGCGGAAGAUUAACAAAACGGUAUAAAUUAUAUUCGCCUGGAUUUAUAUUGUUCAAAAUUUACGGUUACGUAGCGAAUUGUUUCUACAAAUGUAUAUUAUAUAGGUAGGAAUAUUCUCUCUAUCUAGUCACGAUGACUGCGAUAUUAUAGUUAUUUGUCGUAUGCUUUAAUAUAUAAAUAAUGAUAAUACUCUCGAAAAUGAUAAUAUCUUACUAUACUCAUGGAGCAAGUAGCGUUCGCGAAUCGGCCGAAUAUAUAUGUAUAUAUAUAUAUCUUAAUAUAUAUAUAUACACAUUAGAGUGAAAUGCGCGUCUAUUACAGGGUGGCUGAAAUAAAAAAUCCGUUUCAUUUUUCUUCAUCUCUCUCAUCACUCGCUUCGACGGUUCUUUCGGUGUGAAAUCGAAGUUUCCAAAAUCUAACAGUGAUCAGGUAUAUUUGAAAGUAAACGAGGUUGGUUCGCCGGAUUCAUUCAGGGGGACGAAGAAUGAUACGAAAUUUUUUUUUUUACCCACUCCGUUCUAUAAGCGUGAAUAUAUUCAUAGUAAUAGCGAUAAAUCUUGAAACAUUACGGAUUAUUAUAUUUACGCGUCAUCUCGAUUAAGGUACAACUUUGUCGCAGUUAUAACAGUAAUAAUAAUAAAACGACAACAUAAACAACAACAACAACAGCAACAACAAUAAUAAUAAUACCAGUUAUAGUAAAAUUAAUAAUAAAAAGAAUAAUAACAAUAAUGAGCGUAAUAUAAGGAAAAGGAUAAAACGAGAAUAAGCUGACAAUUAAAUAUUGUACAAUGGAAAUAAUUGCAUGGGAAUAAAAUGAAAUUAGGUAAUGCAUUAAACUUAAAUCUGUAUAAAUAAAUAUAGUAAAUUACUGAACAAAAGCUCUGCUAUCCAGAGCCUAGAAUGUGAUAACACGUGACCUAUACUUAUAAAAUAUUUAUGCAGUAUAUAUGAUUGUACGAAUUCGUUGGUUAAUUGUUUAAUUAGCUCAUGACGAUCAACUAUAAUAUAUUGCGGUAAGGAAGUGAAGUUUUCAUCCGAAUCACGUGAUUGCCUCUCUCAUAAUUAGUGAAAAAAAAAAUAAAAAAAAAAAGAAACACGAUCUGCAGAAUUCCAGAGGUUUCCGAAAAAUAUAUCCCGAUGAAAUUAUUGCGGGUACAUUAAUCAACUUGCCCUCAAUUUAAUUUCAAAUUAAUUGGAAACGUCUGGCGAUUUCUCAAUGGAUGUACUAUGUAAAAUAUUGACUAUUGUAAAUUUCGAAUUUGGUAGGUAGCUUGAUAAGUAGUUCGAGUAGUUCGAGGUUGAGGUAGGAACGUGACGAUAAAAGUAAGAAACAAAAAAUUCACGUAUCUAUUGAAGUUUUCGAUACCGUGCACGAACGUAGCUAACAUUGAGCGAAUUAUUCUUUUUCUAUUGCUCUUGCCUUUCUCAUUGUUACCAUUCCGUUCGACAAGUUUGUAACAAACAUUGUGCGUAUUAUAACUCGUCUUAAAUAUAAAAUGUUUCACGAUUCGGUAACUAUAUGUAUAAUAUUUAGUAGAGGGACGAGAAGCUUAAAUCUCAAAUUUCUGUCGUGCCUAAUUUAAAGUGAAACUUUUUCUAUGCGCAAUAGCGAACGUAAAAAUUAAUACAUUACCAUUAUUACUAUACAUGUAUUAUAUAUAUAUAUAUAUAUAUAUAUAUAUAUAUAUAUAUAUAUAUAUAUAUAUAUAUAUAAUAUAUGUGUAUAUAUAUAUAUAUAUACUGUUAUUUAAACGAUACGAUUAAUAAUUUAUUCGUAAUAAUUAAGUACAAUUACUAUGUAUGCAUGUAUAAUAUUGUGUGUAUACGAUAUACAUACAUAUAUAAUAAUACCCUUAUCUGCAAUUCCUGCAUAUAUAUAUAUAUAUAUAUACAUACAAUAUAAAAUCGCUGUAGCGAAUAAGUGGCGUCGCAUGUACAACGUUGACUUAAAAUGAGCGUUUGCAAGAAGAUGCAUAAAUGUGGUUUGAAAGUCAGAGAAAAAAGUAGAAGAAAAUAAAAUUGAAUAAAAAACGAAAGAGCGGAAAAAUUGCGAAAAAAAAGGUAAAGAAUUUAUGAAAAUGUAAAAACAAUUACUAUACUUUCUGGGCUCAAGAACCCUUAUACCGCACCUGAAGAAUUGGAAAAUGGCAGAACGCGGCCCCUUCGCGUCUUUUUUAAACUUCUUUCAAAUUGGAAAGAAUACUCUUUGCGUGAAGUAGCGAAAAAAUUAUUGAUUUUAUUUGAUUCUUACACCGCAUUCGCGUAGGGAAUUCAAAUGAAUCGAUUUAGCAAUGUCUGAAAUAAUAUACAUAGUAUAUAGGUAUAUAUCAUACAUUCGAAGGAAGGAAUUCUAAGUUUGAAAGAAAUUUUCGAAAGCGGGAAAGCCGGGCACGUUACGUGCUUAUACUUAUUAAUGGGGGGAAAAAAAUGAUUAACUAAUAAAUUAACUAUAGAUCUAAAUAAAAAUUAUACAUAAAAUAAUAUUUCGAUUAUAUAGGAAGCAAGCAAGCAAUCUGGACCAAUCGUGUAUUUUCUAAAUUUCGACAAUUUAUCAAACGUACUUAACAAUAUUAUCCAAUAACGAAAACAGUGCGUGUAAAUAUACGCGCAUGUACACACGCAGUGUUAUACAGACAUGAUAAUCGGUAUAGCGAAAAUUUUUUCCCAUCUCGACUAUAUCUAUAAUAUACUAUCUCUACGCGGUGAAUAAUUGAUCGACUUCUGUUUAUUUAUUUAUUUUUUUUUUUAAUAUCAAUUUCACUCGAUGCUCUAUCUGGAUAAGAAUAUCGUUCAUUAUACGUCGAGCAUACAUUGACAGAGAGGGGAGAGAGAGAGAGAAAACGAAAAAACGAUACAAGGCUAGACUGUCGUGAUCGAACUAUGUAACGUGCCAGAUAUAUGGGAGUGUGAAAUAUGUUAAAGCGAGGGAAGAAAUCACAUGUGAAUUACGUCACAGACUUAGACCAUACGAAAUAACGCCCACGAAAGAUGAUAUUCAACGGUUGAUCUCGAUAGCAAUACAUACAUACAUUCGUUGAGUACAUAAAUAUUUACAAGUCUCAUUAACGACUGCCUGACAAGAGUCGAGAAUGACGGAGACUGUAGUGAAGUUUAACGCGGGAUAAUCUGUAACAUAAGAAAAAAGUAACGAAGAAAAAAUAUUUCCUCACAGUACACGAUGAUCUUUAAUAAUUGUACGAUUGACCAAACCUACCGACCUUAUUUCUUAAGCAACAAUCAACUUUUCGAAUCUAAAUACCAGCAAAUAUGAAAGACCAAAUUAUAUUCCUAUAUAAUAAAAACCGUAGCUGAUCUACAUCUAUAAAUACAUUUAAAAAAAAAAUAAUAUAUAUAUAUCUAUAUACAUACAUAUUAUACAUAUGUACUACAAUUCGUAUAUAUAUCCUAUGUAUACGAUACAUUGUAUUAUAAAUACGUCAGUAUGUAUAUUUUCUGACGAAUCUUUAAAUUGAUCGACACAAUGUUGACUCCGUUCAAAAUUAAUUUUUACUACUUUUCACCGGUUUUUUUCUUAUGUUUUUAUUUUUUUUUCUCUUUUGUAAAUCUCUUUUUCUCAUUACCUUUUCCAUUUCUCUGCGCGACGAAAUGCGUCCUGCGACGUGUAUAAAAGAUAAUAUAUAAAAAGAUAAAUAUAAGAUCGUCGAAGAGGGUUUUGAAGAGUUUAUACAUAUAACGUAGCGUAUGUAAGUAACGUUAAUCGUCUAAUUCUGAUGAUUAAUAUUGAACUACUUGUGCGAUGGAAAACAAUUAAAAACACUUCUUGAAGCUAGAAAAAAAUUAAAAAAAUAAAAAAAAAAAAAAGACGAAAACACAACUCAACCAUAUCACCGUAGUUGCCUAUACUAGCCACUAGUAGUGUCUCGUCGAUACGUUAUCGAUAUCGACCUGUCGAAUUAGCCGCAAACGUUCGCCGCAAUUUAGAUGAAUU